GGAACUCUCUCAACAGUUUGGUGAAAUUCCAAGUCGGGGCCAUAAAUAGCGGACCGUUCGGCUCUCCCCACACCGGCCGCCUGCCCGCCUCCCUCUCUCCCUCCGUCCGGGCCCAGCGCUCCGGGGCCACCCCGGUCUCUUCCAGGAAGGCCCGCGCCGCUUCGGGAUGAAGACCACCCUCUUGUGCAUCGGGUUGACCCUGUUCUGCUCCCGGGCCCGGGCCGACGUCCCCGUGCAGCCCGAUUUUCAGCCGGACAAGUUCCAAGGGAGAUGGUACGUGGUCGGCCUGGCCGUGAGCUCCGCGCCCGUCGAGGGGGGCUCUUUCAAGAUGUACGCCACCACCUACCGGCUGCUCCCCGACCAGAGCUUCAACGUCACCUCCACCCUGCUCAGGGGAGAGCGGUGCGACAAGUGGGUCAGGACGUUCGUCCGGAAAGAUCGGCCCGGCAGGCUCACCCUGGGCAACGUCGGUGCCUACGGAGUGAAGGACUACACCGUCAGUGUCAUGGAGACCAACUACGAGGAAUAUUCCAUCGUGCAUUUUAAGAAGGUUGUGGCCGACAAGACCUUCUACAAGAUAACCCUCUAUGGGCGGACGAAGGAGCUGAGACCUGAACUGAAGGAGAGGUUCGUCCGGGUGGCCAAGGAGCAGGGACUCAAAGAUGACCACGUUGGUUUCCUGCCCAAAGUCGAUAAAUGCAUCGAUGAGGACUGACCCGGGCCAAAGGAUGAGACGCUGCCCCAGCUUCCCGCCCACAAAGGAAGGCCCGAGAUUCAGAACACCCCCCCCCCCCCCCCCCCGCUCAUCGCGGUCCCCGGCUUGCUCUUUCUCUAAGCUCUCCCCCGACGUGACGCAACCGAAUAAAGACACCCGGCUUCCCCGUCUCCUCGGAA